UAGUGUCGCAAGGACUUGACUUAAAAAAUUAACGAUCGCAUGUGACACAGCCUAAAUUUACAGCCUAGAUUUUUAGAUAGAUGUGUACCGUGUAAAUUACGUGCAAAUUGCGACGUAUAUCAUCUAUUGUAAGACAUUAAGUGCAAGUGCAUCCACGUGUAUCUCCUAGUAUUUAAAGGAUUGCAAAAGUGGCGCAUAAAUAUACACGCAAGUUUCCUCCCGUUCUGCGUAUAUCGACGAUCAAGGGACCUUAUUCGACAUCACCGCUCGACACCAAUUUCGGCGAUCGAUCCGAUCGCGUUAAGAGAGUGACAAUUCAACAAUUAUUACCACACGGCGCAAGAGGCGUUCUCCGUAAUUGGUGUUCUUCAGCCACCCCGCGCGAUAUAACACAUCAGCCACGUAUAACGGGAUACGAAAAAACGACGAGGCUCACCGUGCGUAGUCGAGAGAUUCGUCAAAUAAUCCCACGACACCUGUAGUUCCCCUCCGAUCGAGCCCCGACGUGUCGCGGCAAUUUCAUCUCAAUUUGGUCUGCAGAAAUCGCACGGCGAUGCGAGUGCCGACGCUGGCCGUCACAGCUGGCUGUUCAACGACAUUAUGAUGAUGAUGAUGAUGAUGAUGACGUUACCAAAAGGAGAACGUGCCGAGCCUGUCUCGUAGUGGCGCGCACUCGCUGCGCGUGAUAAUAAAACCGACGUAGUUGUGCAUAGUCAUACUAUUAAAUUGUACAUAAUACGCGAGAGACGAUCGCCAGGCGUAUCAGAGAGCCUGACGAAAAUGUUGUGCCUGGAUAUUAAACUCGUUUCGCGGCUGCGGGGUGUCUCCUCCGGGACUGCUUCGUCAACUGCGUCAUCAACGCACGCGGCGGCGGCGACGGCGACGGCGACGGCGACAGCGACGGCGACGGCGACGGCGACGGCGACGGCGGUCGCAGCCUCGUCAUCCUCGGCGGGCGCGAGCUCCGCGGAGAAAAGCAAGUCCCGCCGAGCGAAACGCGAGAGUGGCGAGAUCGCCAGCUCGGCCACGACCAGCGACAGCGAGGAGGAACCGUUGCGGCCCAGUUCGAGAUCCGUCCAGGAGAUGAUACGCAGGAACAGAUCGAGAUCGGUGUGCGUGGCGGCGAUCCUGCCGUCCUCGCAACUUCGGCAGUUGCAUCGACGCGCCAGCCAUAUAUCCACCACGGACGCGAUAGCGAGGCGAGGAGUUUUGUCGAGGCGAUGUUACGGCAGCGUCGAGAUGUUGCCGCAGAUCGAGCAGGACGGUGCCGAGAAUGGGAGAAGAUUUCGAGUGGAGAACGGGAACUCUCCCGGAGAAAAAGAAGAGAUGUUCGGUUCGCCGAGUACGCCGAUAUUAGAGAAUCCGGAAUACCAAACGCGUUGGUAUUUCAAAUACUUCUUGGGCAAACUGCAUCAAAAUUAUAUCGCUUCCGAUCAAGAGAAAAAUCCUCUCUUCCUCUCGGUAGUCACGAGCGAAGUCGGUGAUCAAUGCGUACCACACUACAGAGUUAUUCUAUGGAGGCGAACUGGCGCGCAGAAAAUAUCGUUGCCGUAUUCGGCGAACAAAACGAUGACUAUCAGACAAAUUCUCAGCAACUUCUUCAGUCUGGAAAAGCUCGAAAAGGCGCCGCGAGAGGUUUUCGCGCCCGAACUACAAAAGGAUCUGUUAUUAUUAGAGGAACAAGAAGGCUCGGUGAACUUCAAGUUUGGCGUGAUUUACGCGAGGGAGGGUCAGAUCACCGAUGAUGAGAUGUUGUCUAACGAAAGUGGUAGCCCGGGCUUCGAGAACUUCCUGGAAAUCUUGGGUGAGAGGAUACGGCUCAAAGGUUGGGACAAAUAUAGGGGCGGCUUGGACGUGAAAGGAGACAUGACGGGCAAGGAAAGUUAUUACACCGUUUAUGCGGGUCACGAAGUUAUGUAUCACGUUAGCACGAUGUUGCCGUACUCGAAAGACAAUCCGCAGCAGCUCGAAAGGAAAAGGCACAUCGGGAACGAUAUCGUUAACAUCAUUUACACGGAUGAUCCAUCAGCCGUGGAUACUUUCAAUCCGAACUGCAUAAGAAGUCAAUUUACCCACGUAUUCGCCGUGGUGACGACCGAGCCGAACGGCAAGGGGUGGCGGGUCGCUAUUUAUUGCGACGAGAACGUACCUCUGUUCGGACCGAGCCUUCCCUGCCCGCCGGUUUUCGAGGACCCGUAUAAUCUCCGCGAAUUUCUCCUCGUUAAGUUGAUCAAUGGUGAAAAAGCUACAUUUGACACCCCGACAUUCUCCAGGAAGAGGGAAAGAACCCUCGACGCCCUGUUGCGAGACAUGUACCAGGAGCAUUCGCAAGACAGCAAGAGCAACAGUAUGCUAAAUCGCCGAGCGCUUUCCGAUGUCGUCGAGGCUCCAGGUCGACGGCGAGAAGAGACACGCGCUGUCGAAAUGGUACGAGUCGGACAAGCCCUUAAGUUGGAAGCUAUAAUGCGUGGCCUCGCACCCACUUCUCUUGCCACUGUCGGCCCUCUAAAGCCUAGACCAUGGGAACCGAGAUGCAUCUAUCCUGAUUUUCCUUACGAGGUCGUUUGCGGUGAUGUCUGGUUGGAGAGCAGGCUGAUCCUCGCCUCGGAGAACGGGACGUUUCUCAUCGAAGACGGAGUCUCGCACAGAUUGAUCUUCGACGAGUCGGUGCAGAUCAAGCAGCUGGACGUGGUCGAACAGCACGGUAUCCUUCUGUUUCGCGCCGGCGACAAGGGCAAGGAGAGCAGCGUCUACGUCUUCCGGUUGCGGGAGUUCGAGAGCGACGCGUCCGCGAGAUGCGCCGAGCUGUUCAACGAUCGCGAGAACGACGAUCGGGAGAAGGAGGAGGAGGACGACGACGAGGACGCCGAGGACGACGAUGACGAUUGCGACGAGGAUGACGCCGACGACUGCGACAAUUUCACCCGCGCCACCGCCAAGUUUCAGCCGGCGGCGCGUUCGCGAGCGCGGAUGCGCGUUCGCGCGCCGGCCGUUCGAAGCCGACCGCAUAUCAAGGAGAGGAAGCUGCGGCGUACGCGGGGAUGCGGCUUGUACAGCAUCACGAGACCCGGAGGCUCACACUUACGCAUGUGCGUAGUCGUCGGCCGCCGAUUGACCGUCCUUCAAUGGAAGCACAAUGCAGCCUGGACCAUCUGGUGCUCGUCAGCUGACACCGACACCACCGACGGUUUUCUGCUGCUGAAGGAGUUCACCGCGAGCGAAACGCCCUCGUUAGUGACGAUGAUCGAGAGCGUUGAUCCGGCAAACGAGUGGACAUUGUGCUGCGGCGCUCGUCAUCAUUUCGAGUUAAUCUCUGCCUCCGGUGCUUCGAGGAUUGUUCAUUUGGAAGCGACGCCUAAGCCACACUUGGUAGCGGCGUUGGAUCUUCGCGAGGACGAGGAGCCGGAACUAUUGCUCUGUUACAACAAUACGUGUCACUUUCAAAAGCUGGCAGAAGAGAACGCUGCGCCGACCGAGUUCGACUUCAAUUGGAAUUCGAUGCCGACAGCCGUAGCCUGUGCCUUUCCAUACGUGAUCGCCUUCACUAGCGACACGAUGGAGAUUCGAUUGAUAAUAAACGGCAACCUGGUCCACACGAUCGCCAUGCCCAAUAUCAACUUGAUCACUUCGAAACGGGACAUCUUCUUCGCGACCACGGCGCCGGAAUUCCUUUUAGGAAAAUGCGAGCGAAUCCGCCUGGACUCGAAGCCCCUUGAGAAGGAGGAAAUGCCUUGCAGCCCACCGCCCACCGCCCACUCCUCGUCCUCCUCUCGAUCGAGCGUUCAGAACAGUCAAGCCGACUGGAAACCGAUAAGGAUCUACCGGAUACCACUGCAGACGCUGUCAAGGAGCACGGCAUCCAACUGCAGUCAAAGAAGAUGUCCGAGUCCCACCGAGCCGGAAAUCGUCUCCGCGCCACCGACCUCCGACAGGACUUUCCUGAACGUCGAACCGCAACGUGUGUUAAGCAGGUCCUGCAGCAGCAGUCCUACACCCACACCAACCACGAAUUUGCCGUCGCCAUGUAAAAAAUAGAGCGCCGUAGCUUCGAGCGCGUUCUCUUGGCGCUCGCCAAAAACGAUUGCGUUAAUUGCGUGAUCUUUAAAGGAAUCGAUCAACGGAAAAAAAGUAAAAAAAACAAAAAAAAAAACAAAACAAAACCAAACCGACCGCACGUACCUGACUUCUCGUUCUCAUAUGAGAAAACACAUGAAAAUCUUUGUCAUUGUUAUGCUGUUAGCGCGCGUCGCCAUUGCAUGUAUAUAUCUUGAAUGUAAGAGCGAUCGCGCGCACGAGUUAUUGUUUGGGUAGAUUUUGACGGGAAUACAUUAAUGUCUUAAUUACGGAAAGAAAAGUAA